GCUGGUUCCAUAUUCCGAUCCUAAUACCACCGCCACUUCCACCUCCACUUCCACCUCCACCUCCCCCGCCUCACCGCCGUGGCAAGACAUGUUCCGAUCAGCCUCCACCCGCAGACCAGAUCCACCUCCGCCACCGCCGCCGCUAACCCCACCACAAUCCACCACCAAUCCAGAUCAAUACCAGGAUCCCUCCGGCGACUCUUCUCUCUCCGGAGACUCUCAGGUACGUCUAGCACUCUACAUAGCCAUGGCACACGCCGGAUUAGCCUUUGCUAUUGUUCUCCUCUACGGCGUUUCUAAAUUACUUGAGGAAUAUCUCCGGCCGAUUCUCUGGGCGGUUCUUUGUUCGAUUCCACUUCGAGGAAUCCAACAAACUCUUGUUUCAUUUUGGUCUGAGCCUCUGAAAUUAGGGCUUACAGAAACUAUACUAGCUAUACCUGUAUCUAUUUAUAGGGUUUUCAUUGAGACACUUGUCGAAAUCAGAGAUGUGUUGUAUAAACUAAUUGGUCAUAAGAAGAAAAAGAAGAAAGAAAUUCGGAGAGGAAAACGAAGUGGGUUUUUGAUUUUGUUGAGAUGGUUGGUGUCUUUUUGGGUUUUUGUGAUGGCUUAUGAACAAUUUGAUGUUCUUGGUGCCAUUACCUUGUUAGGGUUAGGGUUUAUGUUUACAUCUACUAAUGUAGAAUCUGCUGUUUCUUCGUUUCGAGAUCGUAGUUUUAGAAAGAAUCGUAAUACAGCGUUUCUCACAAAAUGGAUUUCGAAUCGGUUGGAAACGAUUGUGGCAAUUGGGUUGAUUUUUGGUAUGAUUGUGGGUUCUUUGGCUGGGACUAUGUUUUUCUCUUACAAGAUUGGAGUUGAGGGGAAAGAUGUGGUCUAUUCGAUAAAAUCCCAUGUGGAAGAGAGCAAUUAUACCGAGAAAAUCGGGUUGAAACAAUGGAUGGACGACAACGAUGUGGCGGGGAUGGUGGAUCGAUACACUACACAGUUUUACGAAACUGUAUAUGAACAGAUUGAUAGUUUAGCAGUGCAGUAUAAUAUGACGGAAAUCGUUCAAGAAAUGAAACAAAUAGUUGCACCACGACCCAUUAACUCUUCUACACCAUCUACGGCAUUGGCAUCCCCAAACCCAUAUGCGGAAAAGAUCCUAAGGUUGAAAAAAAUGGUUACUAAUCGCGAAUGGGAAGCAAUUUAUCCAGAAGUUAACGCCAUAUUUAAGGAGGCGCGGGUCAGCAGGGAGGAUAUGAUUGAGAAAGCAAAAGCAAUUGCUUUUCAAGGAAAAGAUGUGGUUCAACGAGUGCUUGCAAGUAGUAAAUCGAUUGUGGGUGGAAGCACUAAGCUCGUUUUCGUAGUUAUCGAGUCGAUUGUUUCUGGAGCAGCGGGUAUUUUCAAUUUUGUUUCUCAGUCGAUGGUUUUCAUAUGGGUUUUGUACUCUUUGAUAACAUCAAAUUCAGGCGGGGUUACUGAACAAGUUAUGUAUAUGAUUCCAAUUUCAAGAUCGACUAGGACUCGGUGUGUUGAGGUUAUUGAUAAAGCUAUUUCUGGGGUUCUUUUGGCGACAGCCGAGAUCGCUUUCUUUCAAGGAUGUCUCACUUGGCUUUUGUUUAGACUAUUUAACAUUCAUUUCUUGUAUAUGUCAACGCUGCUUGCGUUUAUCAACCCCUUGCUCCCAAUAUUUCCCUAUUUCUUCUCAACGAUCCCAGCUGCAUUGCAACUGGUGCUGGAAGGUCAAUAUGUGCUUGCCAUUUGCUUGUCGAUUAUUCAUCUUUUGCUUAUGGACUAUGGUACUACCGAGAUUCAAGAGGACAUACCUGGGCACAGUGCUUAUCUCACUGGACUUAGCAUCAUCGGUGGAGUGGCAUUGUUCCCAUCUGCAUUAGAGGGAGCGAUAAUGGGGCCACUGAUUACAACUGUUGUUAUUGCUCUUAAGGAUUUGUAUGUAGGAUAUGUUUUGGAUGAACCAAAAGAAAGCAAAAAGGAGUAGGGGAUGCUUGGCCUUUUUAUGCCAUAUUUGCAGGAGAAUCCAUGUAAGCUCUGAAAAAGUUCAUGUACAAAAAUACGUCUUCUGGACCGAUUCCAGUGUAUUACUGUAUCGCACCUUCUUUUUACAAUAUUAUUCUUUGGAAGCUUGUAUCGUUUGAAGCAACUGAGUGUUGAUAUUUAAUUAUUUAUGUUUAUAAGAAUAUGUCUGCUGUUGUUUUUUUUGCAA